AUGGACAAUGCUAGUAUCGUUAGAGCUGAGCAGGGAACAGAUGCCAGGAAUGGCAUGUCCACUUCUCCUGGUGGUACCAACCAAGGAGCAAUGCCUGCUGGUCUAAAUAAGAGUCCUGCCUAUACGAACGGGGUGUCUCAGGGAGCAGGCCAUGGAAACCGGGAACACAAGGCACCUUCGACCAAAUUUGCGUUGAGGGUGAAUGGCAGGGUUCCAGACCUGCCGCAUAUAACUCAGGGCUUUUUCCCAUUCUCGACUUUGGUCAACAGAUCUGUGCAGCAGUGCUGGAACGAUCUGUCUGACUUGAUAACGGAAUUGGCAGAGAUCCAGAUUCCGUCUCACGAUGGCAACACGCUCGCGAUACCCGCCAAUGGAAAACUAUCGGGAAACCAGUCUUCCGAAAAUAUACAGAAGAAAGUUCGAGUUCUAGAAUUCGCUCAUGCCAAACGAGCUGAAUUUAUAAAACUCCUCGUUCUCUCACAGUGGAGCCGACAGGCGGCUGAUGUCAGUAAGCUAAUUGACUUACAAAACUUCAUUCGCUCUCGUCACCAAUCCUAUGUAUCUGCUUUGCAGUGGAUCGGGGAUUUGAAGCGGAAUCUCGUCCAGGCUCAGGUGGCAAAUCCGGAUCUAAAAACGGCAUUGGAAGUCUUGUCAAAGGCCAAAAUCAUGUCAAUGCCAGAUCCUGGCUACAAACCCCCAAGACCUUUGACGGCCAAGUGCACCCUCAAAAAACUAAGAAAAAUCGACAGAAUCCUUAGCGCGCGACUAUCAUUAUGUGACAUCGUUCCCCGACCCCUUCAAACUUUUCAUAUCCAUGAUGGCCGUGUCACAUUCAUUGUACUUGGCGAGUUUGAGCUCGAUCUUUCGAUAGGGGAAGCGGAUGAAUCCUCUCAGUUCUAUUUUGUUGACAUUCGCUUCCUUUUCCACCCGUCAGCAUCGGUUCCACAAGGCCGGAUGUUCAACGACCUCGAAAGCAAAAUCAAUGACACCCUUAGGAAUGGUGGCUUGACUGGGUGCUUUGAUCUUCUUCAUAGUCUGGUACUGACUAAUAAGAUCAACAUCCUGUUUAAGCAAGCCCUUGAAUUGGCAAGAGGCCUCUGGUCAAAUGUUUUGCGCAUUGAAUUGUUGCACAGAACGCUGGUUGUGCACUACUGGGCUCUCAAGUCUGGUACAAAGAGCUGGCUUGAGAUAGGGGUAAAGAGGGGUCACCGGCGAAGUCUAGGCCACAGCCACGGUAUUCCAUAUUUGGGACUGCGUUGGUUACGAGAUGGACAAGAGAUCGACAGUGCUGAUGUUGAGUUUGACACCGUCAACCUUUCCAUGGAAAGCGCCCUCCGAAGCGUUAUUGCACUGCAUACGUCUCAUAUUCUGUUUUCUGCGCAUAACAUACUGAGCCAGAGCUUUCUUUUCGCAGCUGGGAUGCUCAAUUUGCAAACUCAGCUGACUGGAAUCGAGCCCGGGGAUUGUCAACUCGAUGUUCAGCUCACCUCCUCAAGGUAUCUCCGGGUUUCUAUUGAACCUAUGUCAGGGGCGAUAGUUCUAUCGGCUCGGCCUAGUGCUCUUGAACGACCGGAAGGCGAGAGAAGCCCCGAAAGAACGACGGCCGAUGAUAUUGUUUCCCGUGUCUCUCGGCUGCGUUGUAUUGCGGCUAUUGAAGAGAUCGAAACCCAUGUCAGACUGCUUGGCUUCGAGCCCGUCAAUCCAAGAGGGCUUAAAAUUGAUGUCCGAAGAGUGUUUCCGGUCAACGUUAUACGGUUUUCAUUCUUCUGGCACCCAUUUUGGGAGCGCAACUGGAUUGUGGCAGCUACAAGUAGCAUGGAUGGCGAUAACUGGUGGGUAAUUCAACUUUUGCCACCGACGUCGACAGAGGGACCUCCAACACACGACAUCGGAACGCUGGAUCAGUCUAUGCCUCGCACGGCCCAGAUUAUCAGCAGAACCCUGUUUCCUUUGCAAGAGCAGAUCAGCUACGCGUCCUUUGCCGAUAUAGGGCACUGUCUUUCCGGUAUCUUGGCUAUUUAUGCCAAUGCGCGCUAUAUGGCAGGCUUGCAGUCUUUCUCUUUCCGUCCACCUUUGCAUAAGUUGGCCUUGGGAUCGGGUUUUCAAGUCCCAGACGUUUACAUUCGGUAUAACCCAGCAAGCCUCCCAUCGUCAUUCCAGCUAGCGUUACCUGGUGGGUCAAAGACAAAGGGCUUGAUUAAGGAUACGAUCCGCCUUGCUUUCCAUGGGGUUGAACCCCGUAGCAAAGUCGCCAUAAUGGUGGCCUACGGCAGUUUACUUAUUCCUGCAAAGGCUUUUAGUUCGUUGAGCACGAAGUGGGAUCGCUCAUUAGUCUUCUUGCGACGAGGCCGUGGCUUUGCUAUUCGUCUUCUUGCUCCACCUGGCCGUCCGGUGAUUAUUAGCCUGAUGGAAAAUUUGCAGCGACUUGAAUGUGUUUUGUCGAUCUUCGAGACUCUUCAACGCAGAAGGAUGGCUCCACAGUCUUUGUCUUUGUCACGGAUUGCUUUCGCAUAUGGCCCCGAAAGGAGUCUAUCCUCUCACAUUGAUAUUCAAACGCUCUCUCGCACAAAUGCAGAUCCCGCCGAUGUUUCAUCUCAAACACAUCCCAUGUUCUAUUUGCACCUGAGUAUAAAUUUUGGUUGUGCAAAUCCUCAUCGCCGCAUCCAGGGACCCUUAACAUCCAUUCUGAAUAAUUCCUCUGCCGACACCAGCAUCGACACUGUCACGGAACUUCUUUCGCUUACACUGCCCCUCAUGCAAGCUUUCGACCUGACCACGACCAACCGAUUUCACCAAGAGCACCUGAAGAUGCAGGUGAUUGUCCGCAAUGCAAGCACUUUCAUUAUUCACUAUCCAAACCAGAAUGUGCGCUUUCAAUUAAAAUCCGGCGGUCACAAAACCCAAAUGGUCUGGAUCCUCCGUGACGUGAAUAGUCCGCAGGACCCCUCUGCUAAUAAACCGCUCGAGUCUGAUUUUAAAACUAGACUAUUCAACUCCAAGGGGGACGGGUGGAAAGGACUCGGGAGUGGGGUCGUCGCUGAGGCUGAAAAGGUUGGGAACUUCAUAUUAGAGCUUGACAGAUGGCUUACCAGCGGUCGAAACAAUUUGGCAACAAAAUAUGAUCUCGAAGCAAAAGCAGCUGGCUCAGGCGAUUCGAUACAGCCCCGAGCCAGUGAGCAGGCUGGCUCUGAAAACACAGGAAAUGGGCCUGCGAUGCCGGCUGUACCGGUCACCAGAAUGAGCAACAAGAAUGUACCCCCCGAGACCGAUGCUGCCUCCGGGUCAUCUAAUGCAGAUAUAAUCAUGAUUGAUUGA